CUGCUGUAUAACCUGAGCCUUUUCUCCUUUCAAUGUCUGCCCCCCAUUGCUACACAGCUGCCUAUUUAUAUAAACAAUAGUAGUGUUUCUGAACAUAGCAGUUUAACCAGUGCAGGGCAACACUGCAUAAUAUUGUAUUACUUUAAAACACUUUAAUUUUUUGAUGUUACUGUUCCUUUAAGUACAAAAACACAGCAAUAGGAAGUCCCGUGAAGCAGGGAAGCACACAAAAACAAAGGUAGGGUUCAUGAUUUUGAUCACAUGAAAACAGUGAAAUACUUUAACAACCAGCAGUUUUCCAAGUGCCCAGACAAGAUUAGUGAUUAAGCCACGCCCAAUGUAGGAACACAAUGCUCCUCACUAGCAGCACUUCCUGAUACAACUGCAGAGAAAAUGAAGCUGCUUCGAGCUUGCCUGCUCCUGAUCCUUUUUUAUUUUAUCUGCAUUACAGAUUGUGCUACAUUCAGAUUUGCAUCCUAUUAUGCCAGCCACAUGGUUUUGCAACAGAAGCCCUCACAAGCUGUUAUAUGGGGCUAUGGAGAAGUUGGGGCUUCUGUCACAGUCUCUCUUUAUAAAGGACCUGAGACCAUUUUAAAAAAGUCUGUUGCCAUAAAUGACGAUGCAGGUGUCUGGAAAGUACUGCUGGAUCCUGUUGAUCAUGGAGGACCCUACUGGUUACUUGCUCAGCAACAUUACCAGAAAGACAUUACUGAUUUGGCCCUGCACGACAUUUUGUUUGGUGAUGUUUGGCUUUGUGGUGGGCAGAGCAACAUGGAGAUGACUGUUUCACAGGUAUUUAACGCUAGUAAAGAACUGGCAAAAGCUGCUGAUUAUCCCAACAUUAGACUAUUUACUGCAGCAUUAGAAGUAUCCCUAAUGGAACUUGAUGACCUUGCAAAAGUUGAUUUACAGUGGUCCGUACCAACCUCUGAAAACCUUGGGAAUGGUGAGUUUACAUAUUUUUCUGCUGUUUGCUGGUUGUUUGGUCGACAUUUGUCACACCAACUGAAGUAUCCCAUUGGAUUAGUGGAGUCUGUGUGGGGAGGAACGCCUGUUGAGGCUUGGUCUUCAAAAAGAGCACUACAAAAAUGCGGACUUUCUCACCAUGAGGAAUGUGCCUCUGAGAGGUCAAUGUAUACAGGAGAAAUGGCUGGACCUUGUAACUACACAGUACUGUGGAACGCAAUGAUACACCCUUUACUCAAUAUGACUAUUAAAGGAGCCAUUUGGUAUCAAGGUGAACAAAACACAGGCACAAACACCGACUUGUACAACUGCACUUUCCCAGCCCUCAUAGAAGACUGGAGACUAUCUUUUUAUGAAGGCACAAAUGGACAAACUGAUAGACAUUUUCCCUUUGGAUUUGUUCAGUUAUCCACAUAUCAGAAAAAACAACAAAAUGAUAAUUACCCAGUCAUUAGAUGGCAUCAAACUGCUGAUUAUGGUUAUGCUCCUAACCCAAAGAUGAAUAACACAUUUAUGGCAGUUGCAAUGGAUCUUGGGGAUGAAAGCUCUCCAUAUGGCAGUGUUCACCCAAGAGAUAAACAAACUGUCGCCUACCGCUUGUAUCUGGGAGCAAGAGCAAUUGCUUAUGGUGAAAAAGAUCUUCCCUUUCAGGGUCCAUUUCCAAUCAAAUUUGAAGUAUUUUAUAAAGAAUCCUACAUAAACAUAACAUAUGAUCAGCAACUUCUAAUAACAAGUUUAAGUGACAGAAUUUUUGAGGUGCUUUGUGAGUCAAUGGAUGAAACAGUGGAUAGCUGGUCUCCUGUAGCAGUAACAUCAGCAUGUUCUCGUGUGGUCACUGUCUGCUUUAAAGGCUGUUCACAAAUUUCAGGAAUACGCUAUGCAUGGCAGGACUGGCCCUGUGAAUACAAAAAGUGUCCCAUUUAUAGUAUUCAGAGAAAACUGCCUGCUCCCCUCUUUGUAAAGUAUUUUAAGAAAUAAAAGCCAGGGACAUUAAAUAGUGGCAAUCAUAAAC